AUGGAAGAAAUCACUCUCAACAAACUCAUGAAUAGAGUUCUGAGUUUGAAAAGGAUGCAGGAUGACAGAAAUACAAAAUUGGAGGCGAUGAUCAAAGAUAUGGAUAAAGAAAUCAAACAACUGGAAAAAGAAAAUAAGCAACUGAAGCUGCUGUGUGUCCCCGGGCAUGCAGGGGACUACCAGGCAGAGAUGGGAGAGAUGGGAAACCUGGGAAUGAUGGGAAACCAGGCAGAGAUGGGAACCAAGGCAGAGAUGGGAAACCUGGCGAUGAUGGGAAACCAGGCAGAGACGGUAGACCUGGGACAGAGGGCAAACCUGGCAAAGAUGGCAGAGAUGGGUCCUCCCGGUCCCUCUGGUCCACCUGGUCCUUCUGUGACAGACGAUAAAAUCAAGCAACUUAUAAAAGAACUUGGUUUACCACCUAAUACGACAGUUGGAGGAUCAGUGUACACGAGAUGGGGGAGAACUAAGUGUGGUGCCUCUUCUAAACUUCUUUAUGAAGGUUAUACUGCUGGUUCUUGGUAUGAACAUAAAGGUGGCGCUAGCAACUACAUCUGUCUCCCUCACAACCCACAGUGGGGCAAUUACCAAGAUGGGUACCAAAAUUCUGGCAGUAGCAUUCAUGGUACAGAGUACCAAAUGGGACACUUCACCAAUGACCCUUUCCAGAGGAUCAAUUUUGGAGGCAAGAAUUUUAAGGACCAAGAUGCUCCAUGUGCUGUUUGUUACACCCAAGGCCGCACCAGUCAUGUGAUGAUUCCAGCAUGGAAAACGUGUCCUGCCGGUUGGACGCGGGAAUAUCAUGGUUACUUGGUCGCACAACACAAUUCACAAUAUAGAACUGAAUUUGUCUGUCUUGAUGAGGCUCCAGAGGUAGUUGCAGGAGGUGUAGCUGACAAAAAUGGUGCUCUUUUCUAUGUGGGAGAAGCUUACUGUGGUCAUUCUCUCCCGUGUCCAAAAUAUGUUCAUGGAAGGGAGCUUACCUGUGUUGUGUGUUCCAAGUAA